AAGCUCAAACACGUGUGUGUGUCUGUCCACGCUGUGAAUUUAGGAUCAGACAAACAUUUACCGAUCAUUGAUUAUUAAACCUGAUCAGAAAUGACGAAGACUAAGAAGGAGAAGGUGUCCACUGACGGAGAGGAGGCGGGAACCGGAGACGGGACCGUAGCCGGUACCGGGACCGAGAGGAGCUACCAGGAGCUCAUCUCAUGUCUGAACCCCAUCGCUCAGCCGCUGGCCUCCAAAAAACUCAGCAAGAAACUCUACAAAUGCGUCAAAAAGGCUUCCAAAGUGAAGAACAUCCGCAGAGGAGUGAAAGAAGUUCAGAAGUUCAUCAACAAAGGAGAGAAAGGCAUCGUGGUUUUGGCCGGCGACACGCUGCCCAUCGAGGUUUACUGUCACCUUCCCGUCAUGUGUGAGGACAGAAGUCUGCCGUACGCUUACAUCCCGUCUAAGAUGGAUUUAGGAUCCUCGGCUGGAUCCAAGAGGCCGACCUGCGUGAUCCUGAUCAAACCUCACGAGGAUUAUCAGGAAGCCUACGAUGAAUGUGUGGAGGAGGUGACGAGCCUCCCCAAACCUCUCUGAGCCAAUCACCGAGCAGCUCUGAGUGAUGUCACUAACCCCUGUGAGCCCGCAGCCAAUCACAGAGCAGAGUGAUGUCACUAACCCCUGUGAGCCCGCAGCCAAUCACAGAGCAGCUCUGAGUGAUGUCAAUAACCCCUGUGAGCCCGCAGCCAAUCACAGAGCAGAGUGAUGUCACUAACCCGCUCUGUAAAGAAACAGUCCGACAUUCAACCUGAACUGAGUUUAACGAGUCGGAGCCAAUCAUCUUCUGACUUCAGAGUUACGACCAAUCACAGCGAAGCAUCUGUGAGGCGGCCGCCCGACCAGCCAAUCAGAGGAGAGAACAGUUUCUCUUCAGUUUAACCUGAAACCUGACGACACGACGCGGAAAACGCUGGAAAAAUGGAAAAUAACGUUUAUUUUACAGUCUGAAAAAAUAAAAAUUCAGUUUUUUAGGAAGUUUAAUGAUCUUAAAUUUAUCUGCCAAACAUCAUGAUAAAUAAUUAAAAUAAAAGUUUAAAUGAAACUUUUCAAAUGAAACUGAUUAUUUCUAAUCAAACCUUCAGUUAGUUUUAAUGUUUCAGGAAAUAAUAAAAAAACAGACGUAAAAUAAAUGAUCUGAAUAUUUUUCUGGUUUCUUCUGAAAACUGUCGACGGUUUUAUUCUUUAUUCUUUAAAACAUCAAUCUUUGUUUCCUUUUGAAUGAUUUUUGGUGUUUGUGCUGUUUUUA